UAAACAAAACCUUUCCGAGACUGAUUGUGAAAUUUGUAUCCAAAAAUAUUUACUUUGUGACAAGAAGUGAAAUCUAUUUAUUCAUUUCUAUUGACGAAUGUUAAAUUGUGAAAAUUUUGAUUGUGUAUUCAUUCUGUUGGGAGUAACAGAUUGCAAAUAACCCAAGAUCAAUCAAUUAAUCAAACUUCUAGAAUGGUAGAAGAAAUAAAUUGCAACAAGUCAAAGAACAAAACCGCCCGUCCUCGACCAGUGUAUCUUUGGAAUGUUUUGGAUGUUCAAAAAUGGUUAAGAAGACACUGCAGUGACUACUACCAAACAUAUCAUGAAAAAUUUUUAUAUCACGAUAUUACUGGAAGAGCAUUGUUAAGACUGAAUGAAAAUAUUUUAAUGCGUUUAGGAAUUGAAGACAGACAACAUAGAAUGGAUAUAUGGAGAGAAAUUAUGAAAUUACAUCUUAAAACUGAUAUUAUAGAAGUUAGAGAUAUUGAAAGGCGAAACAACUUAAAUUAUGAUUAGUUAAAAUCGUAAUACUUUGUAAAUAUAAUUUUUGUAUAUAUAUAAUAUAUAUUUAUAUUAUAGUACUUUAAUUUUUUACUAUUCCAUAAAAUAUAAAAUAUGCAAUAUACAUAUAAAUGAGUCAGACAAUGGUCAAGCGACACAUAAUACUGAUAUGACAAUUAUGUACAGUUGAAGAGCUCUGAGUAACACUUUCAAUUCUGUUUGACAAUUUUCAUUGUUUAAAAUUUUGUAAAUAAUACUGAAACACUAAAAUAAAUAUACACAAAAAGUUAUAAAAUAUGCAACCAUUUAACAAAAUACAUUUUCAACUCUGAUUUUACUCUUGAGUAAAUACCAUAUUAAUAUUGUAUAUUAACUAAUUUGUUGGUUCAUAUUCAUCAA